UAUAUAGGCUAUUCUCUCAAAAUACGUUUGUGUGUUCAUAAAUAAUAACUAAUAUAAUAAUAUAUACUAGUACCCUUCUGAAAAAAUAAAAUAUAUAUACUAUACUAAUAAACUUUCAUUUUGGAUAAUUUAACCCGCAUAUUAGUUUAUCCACCAUUAAUUUCAUGUUUUCUAACUAUAUCCUGGUGAAGUGAUUUCCUUUCCUUGUUUCAAUAAUCCUCUUAUCAUACCCUCUUUGUCUUGUUGGUGUUUGGGGGGUAUUUUAGAUGAGGAUGAGGAGGAGGAGGAAAACGCAUACUUAUGAUGUUGUUUAUCAUAGAAAUUGAAAAUGAUGAGAGAUAAUAGGAACAUAAUAAUAAGGCCUGUCGUCCUGAAAUUUGGCAUUUUUUUGGGUGCAUCACUUGGUGGAAUUAUCUAUGCCGUUUUCAAAACUAAAAUAAACAAGCCUUCCAAUUCCAAAUCUCCCCCUCCAAACGCAACAGGUGGUGACAAUACAAAUGAGGAACAGGCCUCCCAUGCAACUCCCUCACGGAAAUCAGUUUCUACCGCGUCGGAGAAACAUGAGGACCUCCACAUCUCUAAGCACAUUAUUGAGAAAUCUACAGGUGUUCCAUCUAGGAGCAGUGGUAUAUUCAACAGAGAGAGAGAAGGAAUUUUCCUGCAAGAGUUCAAUGAACUUGUAAAGGAGUUUAGUUUAUCUACUACGUCAAUGAGAGACACCGAAACAGUGGUGCAGUAUGAAGAUUCACCAAAAGAAUAUCGACUUGUUGAAGUGGUUAGCCACGAGCAAGAGAUUAAGAGCCUGAAAGAUAUUGUUAAAACUCUCAAAGAGAGGGAGAGGACUCUAGAAAUCCAAUUGCUUAAGUAUUAUGGUCUCAAGGAACAAGAAACUGCUAUCGUUGAGCUUCAAAAUCAACUAAAAAUAAAUAAUUUGGAGGCCAAGAUUUUUAGUCUCAAGAUUGAGACACUGACCGCGGAUAAGAUGAGGUUAGAGGCUAAAGUGUCCGAUUAUGCAAAAGUUGUUUCUGAGCUCGAAGCUGCAAAAGCCAAGAUAAAGCAACUAAAAAAGAAAGUGAAAUCAGAAGCUGAACAAAGUAAAGAAAAUAUUUUAGCCCUUCAAGAAAAAGUUAUGAAGUUGCAUGACCAGGAAAAGAAGAAGAUUGUUGAAGCUGAAUCCGAUGUCCAGUUAAAGCUCCAAAAACUCAAGGAUUUGGAGAAUCAGGCUGACGAGUUGAAUAAGUCCAACCAAAGUUUAAGAAAAGAAAAUUCAGAUCUUGCUCGUAGAUUAGAAUCUGUUCAGAUCAUUGCUUCUUCUGUCUUGGAGAAUGAAGAAACAGAAGCGCUGAAGGAGGAAGCCCUACAGCUGAGAAAGAAGAAUGAGGAUUUGGCGAAGGAUGUUGAGCGGCUUGAAGCAGGUCGCUGCACUGAUUCUGAGGAACUAGUUUAUCUCCGAUGGAUAAAUGCUUGCUUGCGGCAUGAGCUGAGGAACUACCAGCCAGCCGCAGGUAAGACAAUUGCUAGAGACCUCAGUAAAACAUUGAGCCCCAAGUCAGAGGAGAAAGCCAAGCAACUAAUUCUUGAAUAUGCAAAAAAAGAAGAAAGUCCUGGGGAAAAGGAGAUUAAUGUUGGGGAUCUUGAUUCCGAAUGUUCAUCCUCUCGAACAUCCUUCCUUACAGACUCAGUUGAAUUUGAUGACACUUCUACAGAUAACUCAUCACCCCGUAAGUCUCAGACUUCGAACAAAAAGAAGGUGUUUGGUAAACUUUUGAGCCUAAUGAGAGGAAAGGGCGGCCAACUUAGCCGGAGUUCUUCUCUGGAUUCAGAGAACACAUCAGAAGAUAAUGUAGCAAGACAUUCUAGUUAUUCUCCAAAAUACAGUAGUUCUGUUUUAGAUUCGGAAGCUAAUGGUCUCAACAUCAGGUCAAAAACGUCCUCGCGGGGUUCAUCCAAACGAUUUCUGGACUUACAUUCUGUAUCUCAAGGUUCAAAGAGCGGCAAAUUAGGAGAAAGCAACAACUCUCUGAUGAAUAGCAGGCAAAAUAGUGAUGGGGGUUCGUCGUCGAGUUCAGGAAAAUUUGAUUCACCUCAAGAAAACAGAACUGAAGAUGAGCCUGAGAAAACAGAAUUGGUGAAAUAUGCAAAAGUGUUAAAAGCGUCCCGUUCUAAACCAGGAUUUGGCAGAAGAUCAGUAUCUGUUAGUUCCUUCUAACAUUCGUGUAAACAAUGUUUGCUCAAACAGUCCUUUUUUCUUUCCCCUUCUAUAUUUCCAGGCGGAAUCAAGAUUUAAAACUUAUGAUUGUGUUA